AUGACGACGGUACCCGAAGCAUCGUCACCGCGUCCAGGCGACGCCCUCGACGCGCUGCGCGCGCAACUCACCUGUCCGCUCUGUCGCGAUGUCUUCACCGACCCGACGACGCUGCCGUGCAAUCACACCCACUGCUUCGAGUGCGUCGCUCGCGCGCUCGGAGGCAAAUCGUGGGACGCCAGCGCGUGCCCGGAGUGCGCGGCACCGACGGUGAUGAAGGAUUUGAGCGUGAACAUGACGCUGAAGAGUUUCGUGGAGAAUUUUAAGAGCGUCGACGCGGAGCUGCGCGAGGCGUUAGGGGCGAUGCGAGAGUUGGGAGGCACGGAAGCGAUGGAUUGCGAUGGUGAUGAUGGAGACGACGUCGGUGCGGGCGAUCGUGGUGGAACGCUGGCCGACGGGGGCGUGAUGGAGGGCGACGACGCGCGCGAGCGCGAGGCAAAGGCGUGCGAGAAGCUCGCCGAAACCAUUCGCGCGAUCGACGCCACGCUGGCCGUGAUCGACAAGAAAUUAGCGGUGUACAAGGCGAAGGAUGAAGCGUUAGAGUCACACACACAGCCGCGGACGCAGACGCAGCCGGGGACGCAAGGGACGUUGGAUAUUGAGUCGAUGACGUUGUCCGAGUUGCGGCGCCUGUAUCGCAACGUCUUAGGCAGAUCUGCGGCGUCGACUCGGAAGAAACCGUGGUUCGUCAAAGAGUUGUCGCAGUACGAUCGAGACGUCAUGGCCGCGGCGAUGGCGGCGACGCAGCCCGAAUCUCCUAAAGUCGUCGUGGCGUAUAGCUCGAGCGCGCUACGAUGCGGCGGAAGCCAGGAUGAAAAGUUUGCCGAAGUCGAACGCGUCAUAAAGUCCAUCGACGCCGGCGCAGUGUUCAUGGGCAUGAAAGAUCUGACGUCCGAGUGCACGCAUUUGAUCAUGGACACCGGAUCCAAAGAUCGGGUGGUGAGAAAAAGAACGGUCAAAUACGUCGACGCCAUCGCUCGAGGGUUGUACGUCGUGCACGAGGACUGGCUCGCCGAUUGCGCGGAGCGCGGGAGUUUUUCAAACGAAGAGGCCUUCGAAUUAAAAGACGGUACGGGUACAGGCUCAGAUGGCGCAUCGCAUAGCUUCGCGGACGGUCCUCGCCGCGCGCGAGUGUGCCGCGAGACGAAUCAAAGACGGCUCUUUGAAGGCAUUCGCGUGCGCGUCCAAUGUUGCGGCGACGCGCUCCCCGCGUCGGCGUUGGAGAACAUCUUAAGGCUCGCGGGUGCCAUCAUCGAGCCCGCGUCGCCGAAAACGCCGCGUAGAUCAUCUCGCCGACAUAGUUCGGCGGUACGAGAUCACGACGCGGUUCCGGAUAGCGAGGACGAAGCCGACGACUCGCGCGAAACCGAUUCCGUCGUCGAGGACGUCGCCGGCGAUGGAGAAGACGAGGACGAUGUGGUCGUGACUUUAGUGGACGAUUUAACCCCUCGCUCGACUUUCAAAUCGAUCUCUAAACCGGUGAAUUGGAAAUGGGCGCUCGAGUGCGUCACGCGUUGGGAACUGUUGCCCACGCUAAAGUGGCUCAAGCGAUGAACGUGAACGAUUAUUUGACUGGCGCGCAUUGAUUGAAAAUUGUAACGAUAUCGCGCGCGCGCGCUGUAGUACAAAAAAACACGAAAACACGAAAACGAGCCCGAACGCCGCGAUCACGGACCCGGGUACGUGCAAAUCCCCACCUGCGCCACGGGUCGGCACGACGCGCCCUUCGGACAUCCUCCGUUCGGCGCGUCGUCUCUCGGAUUACACACCAACGCGCAUCGGUUCGGUUUAUCGCUCCCCGGCGUCUGCAGCACGCACAUCCCUCGCGCCGUCGCCCCUCGAUACGGAUCUUUCGGGCACGGCGACGCCACCGAGCACGACGGCGAGCAGAAAUCUCCCGGCACGCCCUGAAUCUGCACCUUCAUCUCCGUCGCCAGGCACGCCCGCCUCGCGGGAUCGCCGUACGGCUUCGACCGCCCUCUCGGUUUCGGUCCCGGCGCCGCGAGCGCGCCGACCGCGUCCAUGAUCUCCGCCGCCGUCUUCGCGAGCGCACCGAGCGCGCCGAGCGCGUCCGCGCGCGUUCGCGCGCCGUCGAGCGCGCGCGCUGGAUCCGCGUUCGCCAUCGCGUCGUCGUUCAGCGCGACCGUCGUCGCGGUCGCGGUCGCGGUCGCGGUCAGCGUCAGCGUCAGCGUCAGCGUCAGCGUCAGCGCGAGCGCGCGGACCGUCGCGCGGGCGCGCGUCGCGCGGCGUCGCGUCGGCAUCGCCGUCGUC